CGCCCACUUCCAAAUGGGGCCCGCCCCGACUCUUGGGGAGCCGGCUUUGAAAUCAGAUCUGUUGGAGGGAGUAGCCCUGGUGCCCCUUUUUCUCCAGCACGCGCACGCUGCCCUCCCCUCCGAUUCUGCUGCACGGCUUUUCGGACCCCACCUCGGGGCGGGGCUCCCGCGUCACCUGUCUCCGGGUAGACCUGCCCUGCACAGACAACCAUCAUGGCAGUGGAAUUUGAUGGCGGCGUGGUAGUGGGUUCCGAUUCCCGGGUGUCUGCAGGACAGUCGGUGGUGAACCGAGUAUUUGACAAGCUGUCCCCGCUGCACCAACGCAUCUACUGCGCUCUCUCCGGCUCCGCAGCUGACGCCCAGGCUGUGGCCGACAUGGCCGCCUACCAGCUGGAGCUCCAUGGGAUAGAACUGGAAGAACCUCCACUUGUUCUGGCUGCUGCAACUGUGGUGAGGAACAUCACCUACAAAUAUCGGGAGGACCUGUCUGCACAUCUCAUGGUAGCUGGCUGGGACAAACGUGAAGGGGGACAGGUAUAUGGAACCCUGGGAGGAAUGCUGACUCGACAGCCAUUUGCCAUCGGUGGCUCCGGCAGCACCUAUAUCUACGGCUAUGUGGAUGCAGCCUAUAAACCAGGCAUGUCCCCUGAGGAGUGCAGACGCUUCACCACAGACGCUAUCGCACUGGCUAUGAACCGGGAUGGCUCUAGUGGCGGUGUCAUUUCCCUGGUCACUAUUACAGCUGCUGGUGUGGACCAUCGUGUGAUCUCGGGUGAUGAGCUGCCAAAAUUCUAUGAUGAGUGAAUCUUCCUCAGACAUUCCUAUUUUGUAAUAAACUCUCUCAAAUCAGAA